CAUUUAUAAUUUAUGAUUUCAGAGGCGAGUGUUCGGCAACGUAAGCUUCCAGCAGGAUUGGGCUACAUACAGACGAGGCUUUGGUGACGUCACGGGGGACUUUUGGUUAGGCUUGGACAAUAUCCAUAACCUCACGAGUCACAGCAGGCACGAACUUCGCAUCGACAUGACUUUCCAAGACACUACCUACUACGCCAGCUAUGAGUUCUUUGAGGUGCUGGAUGUGUCCACCCAUUACCAGCUUCUGGUGGGUGGCUACACUGGUACAGCGGGGGAUGGCCUCUGGUACCACAACAAAAUGCCCUUCAGCACUGAGGACCACGACAUCGACCACUGCGACUGUAACUGUGCCGAAGCAUACACAGGGGCCUGGUGGUACAAGAAGUGUCACCGCUCCAACCUCAACGGCAACUGGUCUAGCCCGGUGAGAGGACAGGGUGUGCACUGGUUCCUUCUCACCUCCAACAACGACACGCUGAGUUAUGUAGAUAUGAAGACUCGAAGAUGGAAGCAAUCGUCAACAACGUUAAUUUAAGUUGUGUAGAUAGGAAGACUGGAACAUGGAGGCAGCCUUCAAUAAAGACACAUUAAAUUAUGUAGAUCAUGAUGACUUGAAGAUGGGGGCGUCUUUCAACGAUAAGUUAAGUGAACAUGAAUUUGCAGAGGGGAUGUCCAACAUUUGAAGCAGUCUCAUGACUUUCACAAUUCAUGAAUUAUCAAGACUGGAUAUAAAAAGUUCAAUGCAGUUUGUCUUUCCUCAAGUGUCUUGAUUUCAAACAUUAUGGAGAGGCACAUCAAUACAAUUAUUGUGAUUUAGUGUUUGGAAAAAGCAAGAAAGAUAGAGAGAAACAACUGAGGGAAAGAAAAGAAAUAAAACCUACCAGUGGUGCCCUCCAAACAACUUGGCACUGAAGUGGUUACAUGACAUAAUUUAUGAGUAUACCCAAGUCUGGACGCAUGUAAAGUUCAAUG